ACAACUUCAUUCAUUCGCUGAUGAAAUGGCCAGCGAACUCGGAAGUGCGUGUAAUUUGUGAAAAUUAUGGCGAAUUUAAACUUAUCAAUUAAUAUUUAAUUGACAAAACACUAUGUGACAUGAACCCUGUGGCAUACGGAGUGUUUAUUUUGUUGUAAAUUUUACAUUUUUUUGUGCCUUGUGUUUUGCGUUCGUUUAUUUUCUAAACAAGGAGAUUCUUUAUUCGUUAAACCGACGCCAGCCAAACAGAAGACUGACAUAGAGCUAUGUAGAUUAACUAUACGCCACAAUAAUAUCUACAUUCCACAAAGAGCAUGCCCCUUUGACGCACGGUAUGCGCUGUCCGCCAUUUUGAAAUAACGCACGACAAGAUGGCGACGCCGGUUAUACGUUCGGUAGCCGAGGAGCAGGAGGACGAAGCGGAACAGAAGCUUCUGGAAGAAAACAACCAGGUGUUGAUUGUCCCAACUGUGAGGGAUGAGGAGGGAUUGCUUUCCGUCAAGUCGUCGAAGAAAGUGAAACUCCCAGAAGAUGUGGGCCCAGCGGUGGGCGCGGGUCGGUUCACCAUCGGGCCUGCCCCAGAGCGGGACUGGGAGAUGGUGCCCCCCGACGGCCAGUGGGGCUGGUGCGUGCUCGUAGGUGCAACACUUGUGAACAUCCUAAUCCCGGGUACUAUAAAAUCUUUCGGCGUCCUAUUGGUCGAAUUCUACGAUGUUUUUGAGACUACGCCGUCCGCAUCUUCUGGAAUCGUCGCUUUGUGCUACUUCUUGUACAGUAGUUUGGGUCCUCUUUCGUCGAUAUUGUCAGUGAAAUGGUCGUAUCGCACGGUGACUCUUAUUGGGGGCAGUUUUGCUGCGUUCGGCAUGAUCGCUAGCAGUUUCGCGUUCUGCAUCACGUUUUUAUAUUUCAGUUUCGGCGCAAUGGUGGGCAUGGGAGCGGGGCUAGCGUUCCCCCCCACGGUGUACAUAGUGACGUCGUACUUCGUGCGCCUGCGCGGCCUCGCCAACGGCAUCUGCAUGUCCGGCUCCGCCUUCGGCAGCAUCAUACUGCCCCCCGUGCUGCGGUAUCUGCUCGGGACCUACGGUUACAAAGGCGCGGUGCUAAUCCUAGGCGGUAUAAUGUUGAACGUGUGGGCUGCAGCGCUGUUGUUCCAACCUGUUGAAGAACAUAUGGUGAAGAAGUAUAAGGAACCUGAGGAAGACGAGGAAGGACCACAGCUUGAGCCAUUUGUCGAAGAAGAACCUGGCGACACAGAGGAAACUGGCAACCCCACCGUGAUCCUAACGCCGGAAGAGGCCACCCCCACCCUAGAGAAACACCCCAACGGCUCGCCCCCAAUUUUCAAAAACCGCUCCAACGCCGAUCUCGACGAGAAAUCUUCACCGAGUAAAAACGAAAAUUUCGUUAGAUCAGCUAGUGCGGCGCUCGUGUCGCGCGUCGAUAUCGAGAGAACCAGAAAAAUAUCGACUCCAGCUUCAUCGAGAUAUGGUUUGCCGCAACUAGCUAGUAAAAACCACCUGCCAAGCAACCCGUCUUUACUCGAGUCCGUCCCGGAAGGGAAACGAAGCAGGGUCAAUUCGCAGGAAGCGUUUGGUAAAAAAUUAACAGUGCCAAAGAUACCGAAGAGAAGUCCUUCCACGUCCUCAUUUCAGUAUAUGUCAACACCCUUCCACGGCUCCACGUUGUCUGCUUUCGAAAAACCAAGCGAAUUCGCGUCACAAUUCAGCCUUAAAUCUAUCACUGACAGCUUAGCGCCUAUAACUUACUGUUGCGGCUUCAAAAAGAGGCCCAAAGAACAACCAGCCAAGAACGAACCCAACAAAUAUUUCGAUGUCCACCUCCUGAAAGACCCAAUAUACUUAGUCAUACUAAUAUCGAACUGUACCAGUGCAAUAUCGUAUACAAAUUUUAUAAUUUUAGUCCCGUCUUACGCCCAAGAGUGUGGUUUCGAUAAAUCGUCAGGCGCUUAUCUUUUAUCGAUAAUUUCCGCACUCGAUUUAGUCGGUAGGAUCGGUGGUUCAGCACUAUCGGAUGUCGUGAACACUCCUAAGCGUUAUUUCUUCAUUUUCGGACUUUUACUUUCCGGUAUAAGUUUAGCGUUGAUACCGUCUGUGUCUAGUUAUAUGGCUAUAAGCGUGUAUUGUUCGGUAUUCGGUCUCGCAUCGGGUAUCAACGUGGGUGUUACUGCACUAGUUAUGACAGAAAUGUUAGGCACUGAAAGGCUUAUGUCAUCUUAUGGUAUAAGUCUAUUUGUCAACGGUAUUUUACAGUUAAUAGGCCCGCCUAUAUGCGGCUUUUGGUUUGAACAUACAAAUUCUUACAAAUCUUUAUUUGUUACACUUGGGUUUAUUCUAGUAGGUGGGGCGGCGCUUUGGGCGUGGGUGCCUUUAAUACACUGGAGAAGAAGACGAAACAGAGAGAGGAUUGAACAAAAUUUGGGCAAAGCGUAAUUGUAAGGUAAUUCAGGUUGUUUAAGUUACCUAACGUGGAGUGAAGUCGAUUAUACUGAUAUUACAAAUGCGAAAGUAAGUUUGUUACGUCUUCGCGCUCCAUCAAUCAACUCAACCAAUCUUUUUGAAAUUUUGCAUUCAUAUAGUUUGAAGUAUGGAGUAGGACAUAUAUUCCCGUGGGAAAUUCACGCGGGUGAAGCCGCAUGUCAAACAGCUAGCAAAGUAUAUUUGAAUAGUAAUUCAAGUUGAUGUGAUUACGUAAUUAAACUUGUCUAUAUCAGCAUUCAACUUCAUUUUUAUAUAUAACUAUUGAUGAUAUUCGGAAAAUUUAAUGCAGUUUUGAAAUUUCCCACAAAUAUUAUAAAGGAGAAAGUUUGUAUGUUUGUUUACUCAUCACGCACAAACGGCAAUUUUUGUGAAACUUGGUAUUGAGGUAGCUGAUACCUCGGAUUAACACAUAGGGUACUUUUUAUCCCGAAAGUACGCGAUUCCCGUGGGAUUUGGUCAAAAAGUCUGAUAGUCAGUGGAGCUUGAUAAAGUAGAUGGCGCUACUGUGCAUAAAACUUAAUGAAUUUUUAACGCGAGUAACACUGCGGGGUGCAGCUACAUUUUAAUCGUUAUUUUGAUAUAAAAUAAAUCUAAAUUAAGCAGACAUAGAUUUACAUGUUACCGAAAGGUUACAAUUGUUUAAUUUUCUCCCAUUUUAAUUAUAUCUGCUUCACUACCCGGAAUUGCGUUAUUAGUUACUGCCAAAUUUUAUGUUUUUAUUGCCGCAAAAAUACAUUGAUAAGGCUAAAAAUUCAGUAACACAGAUCAUUUUAUGACUUAAUAAACAAUUUAAAUAGACAUUAUCAUGAUAAUAAAUGUGUUUUAAUUAAUUAAAUUUGGUUAACGGUUAUUAUUUCAAAAUUUUCACAUGUAACAGUAAUUUUUCAAAUUUAUAUCCGAAAUUGUUUAAAUUUCCAGGUUGGGCACAAUUAUAUAGAAGUAUUUAGUCACAUUAAUGUAUGUAUAAAACAUUAGUGGUGUUUUUUUAAGUAUGUGUACAAAGAAUUAAUUUACCAAAUCAUGAUAUGAUUUAAGAUGCUAAAAUUCAAUUAUAAAAGAAGUGCCGCUAUUUUAAUAAAAUCAAUUAAAUUGACAAUAUACAUUUUCGCUAAUUAUAGGUAAUAUAAAUAUUUUUGUCAGUUUGCAUUAUUUUAAUUUGAUUUGGUUUCAAUUUGUAUAAGCAUUUUUUUGUAGUACACGAAAAUUUUCGAUCCAUAUACAGCGAAAUUUGUUUUAAAUUUUUUAUAUUCACUUUUAACUCGUGCUCCAUAUACUAUAGUUUUUCAGCAGUUCAUUUAAUUUUAAAGGUUUUGGUAGAAUAAUUAUUAAAUAGGAUUAGAAAUAACAUGAACUAAAUCAAUUUGUGUUUAGUGUAAAUGAAGAUGGCUAAAAUAUGAGUGGUACAGAUUAUUAAAUAGUUUACAGUCUAUUAAGAAAGUGAUGAAAUUAAACGAGGGUGCUGUCUCACGUCGGAUGGCAACACUGGGCGUUUAUCAAACAAUCUUGAUCCAUUUUAUUUGGUGUUGCAAUGGCAAAAAAAUAAAUGUAUUUCGUUAAAAAUCAGUUUUCUUCACAUUUUUGAUAGACUGAUUUUUUCUUAAGUUUAUAGAUAAUUUUUCCAUCAUAACAAUAACACUCGAAUGUUAAAAAAAUACAAUACAAUAGGUAUUUUGCUGUUUUAAUUUUAGCCAUACUUAAUGUUACGAAAGCAGCAAAAUUUUAGUCUUAUUAUUUUAUCAUAUAAAUUGUACUUAAAUAUAGUGCAGAGUGACUUAAUAUACGUUUAUCGAUAAUACGACAUUUUCAAAAUAAAAUAUAUGUAAUAUUAUUGAAAAUAACAGUUUUUUUUUAAAUUGAAACUUUGAGGUUGUUUUAAGCGAACAAGCAAUUUAUUUCAUUCUGAGUUUUUUUUAUUAUUUUUUUAUUACAGAAAAUAAAUAAAAUGCGAUUCUAGUUUUUAGGCAACGAAUGCCUUUUGUCAUUUGUAAAUAUUUCAUUGUUUUUAAAUGUUUUACCUCAUUUUGUACAAAUUUCAGUAAUACAAUAUUUUGAAAAUAAUACAAUAUUAUGUUCAAAUGUAUCACCUACCUCUGUUGUUGGUCAAAGGUUUUAUAACCAAUUAUCAGAAGAAAAAUAGUAUAUAUUUUAUUUAAUGUGUGGCUCAGUGUACCUAUAUCUUAUAAUCUUCCGAGAAAAUAGGUGAUUUUAGCAUUUGUUUAGUUUAUAUACAAAAUACACGAUAUAUAUAGUCAAUAAGAUUUUUUUAAAAUAUUAAUGGAGACUUUUUUUCACAGGUUUGCCUACUAAUUGAAAUUUCACAAAAUCUUUAUAUAACUUAAAUAUUGUCCAUCGCUUCAUAGUAAAAAUUCAAAACUCCAAGUCAUAUUAAACAAUAUUAUAAAUAUAUUAAGCUUUUUUAUCGUCAUUAAUUUUAACAGUAGAAGUAUACUGGUAAAAUAAUAUAUUCUACGAAGAAUCACUGUGGGAAAAUUGUAAAUAAAUAUUUAUGUUCGAAAUCAUGAUUUAAAUAUAUAAAAAUAUUUGUUUUUUUUUUAUUGUACUAUUUUAUUUUCGAUCAACAAUUUUAUUUUUUUCAUAACCACAAAAAUAUUCUAUACGAGACAUCUGUGUAUAUUUCUAUAAAAAAAUAUUGUGCCAUUUAUCAUACGAAGUGAAAACGUCGAAGAUAUAUGCCUUACUAAUUAAAGUUAUUUCACAAAAUACUAUUCUUUGUAAUUAGUGUAAUUAUUAUUAAUCCGAAUUUAAUUUGUUAUUGUAAGACUUUAGGCUGGAUUUAAGUUCAAUUUAGACUGGAUAUUUCACCAAACCCACUCCCACUAAUAUUAUAGAAAGUUUGUAUGUUUGUUACUUUUUCCCCGCUCAAAUGGGUGGACCGUUUUUUUGUGAAAUUUGGCUUUGAAGUAGCUUAAUCCAAGGUAUGUAUGUAAGGUAAGUAUGUUUCAAGUUUCAAGGUAUCAACCUUGGAUUAAACGUAGGAUACUGUCUAUCCCAAAAGUACGCGAUUCCCGUAGGAUUCGGUCAACGGGAAAUUUUAUUUGUCAGUGGUUCUAUCAGUUGGACCACAGGCAGAUCAAAUUGCCCGUGGUCCUAGCCGAGUUCUACUGGUCGUCGGACACACAGUGUGAGGGACUAAAGAUAUUGGCUCUCUCUCCCGUUUUUUCGUAUAUUUCUAAUACGCAAUUUCUCUUUCUUGUUUGAGCAUAAAAAUGGUUAAAUCGAUUACUUUCCGUGACUACGCCUUAUCCAGUCUAUGAUUAACUGAGCCAAUUUUUGAAAUAAUUUAUAUAUUUGUCCCGUUUCGCAUCAAGCCGGGUCCGCAGCGCCGUGUUUUCGUGUUAGCUAACUCAAACACAUUUUACGAACCGAUUAAGGGCGUGGCCUGACAGUUAUAUUAGAAAAAUAAUAAAAACAUGUUUUCCGAACCGAAUGGAUGACAUACCCCGCGUUCGCGUGCGGGGAGGGGAAGUGACUCAUUCUGUGUUAGCGCUCACUGAAGAAAGACGUAGGGCACAGCGCAAUAUGGAGUACACAAACAUAACAACAAUAGCGAGCGGACGGGCAGUUUUCCUAACGUGUUUUGUUACAAAAUUGACGCUCUGGACACGGCUGGUGUUGCGAAAUGUAAAUUAUCAAUUUACUUUUUGCGGACUCAAUUUGUAGUUGUAUUUUCUUUUUAAUAAAAAAUAAUGCUUCCAUAGUUCCAUAUCAAAUAAUGUUAUUGUUACUACAUAAGUAGUAUAAAGUUUUGAAAUGUGUAAUAUUUGUGUGAUUUAUUGUCACUUAAAUACACGACAAUGAGUAGAAUUCGAAUUGUUUAUAUAUAUAUAUAUAUAUGUUCUGUUUUUAACAAUAUUUGAAGAAUUUCGGUCAGGCAUUAAAAAAACAAAAAAUUUGCUCAUUUCAAAAUUUUAUGUUUUUUUUUUUAUCAAUUAUUAUCCUAUUUGCACAUAAAUAUAAUGUAAAAAAUGUACGAAUGAUUAUUGUAAGUCUCAAAGACGUUGUUAAACGCUAUACACUUAUGCAAAAUAAAUAUUUUUAACUUGUA